AUGGCGACAAGUGCGAAGGAACGGAAUCUGAUAGCGGUCAUCGGAGACGAGGACUCCAUCACGGGCCUACUGCUAGCGGGCGUUGGCCACAUAAACGAGCAGCAGAAGAAGAAUUUCUUGAUCGUGGACGCUAAAACUCAAGUGUCCACGAUUGAAGCUGCGUUCCAGGAGUUCACCGAACGGAAAGACAUCGCCAUCCUCCUGAUCAACCAACAUGUCGCUGAGAAGAUACGACCUACUGUAGACAAAUACCAGCAAGCAUUCCCAGCAUUAUUGGAGAUUCCUUCAAAGGACCAUCCUUACGAUCCUUCGAAGGACUCCGUACUCAAACGCGUUCAGAAACUGUUUGGCGAUUAA